AUGUCUGUAAAGAAAUCUGUGAGAAGAAGCUUAUAUGGGGAUAGCAUAGGAUUAUAAAAUUUUUUACAGCAAGAUAUUUUAAAGAAUAGCCCAAGAUCUUUGUAUUAGCCUUCGAUUGACACUUAAAGGGAAGAAUCAACGCAGGCCAAUAGUAUUUCAGCCCAAUCAAAAAGAUUGAACUCAAUUGUAAAGUCAAAAAGAAGUACAUCAAUAAAUAUAGCUAGAGGUAACUCAGCAUACAACUCUAGUGAAGUAGAUGUGAAUAAUUAUGAAAAAAAUACAAAUAAUUAUUAGCACUUGUUUACCAGAAAUCAAUCGCCUACAAGCUGUAGAGAUUUCGCAUUCAGUCUGAGAUAUCCUAUGAAUCUGAAAACAAUAUAAGGAUCAUAAAAAAAAGAAACAUCUCCUCCAAAAUGCUAUGAAGAAACUAUCAACAAAAAAUUUGUAAAUGCAGAUUUUUAAUUGCCAAGUGAAAGACCAUAAGAAUUUGACCACUUGAUUAGGAAAAGAGUAGGUCCUACUAUAGGACACAUAUAGCUAGGUUUUGAAGUAGGCUUAAGAAAUUAUAGCAGAUCACCUAAAGAGCAGUCUUAAGAAAGAGAGUGGGAUCCAACUUAGUUUAAAGACAAUUCAAACAAAACUGUAUUUUUGCCAUCAAUUUAGUAAGAGAUCAAACUAAAAAAGACCCUGAAACGACCAGCCAAAAGAAAUAUCCAUUUAUAUAAACAAUAUAUGAAAUAAUUUGAAAUAGAUGCUUUGUAUUUAUUAUUAUUAUUAUAAUAAUUGUUAAAUAAACUAACUAAAUCUUUUGAUAAAAGUGACGGGCAGUAAAACUAUCCACAAUAUACUGAUAAGAUAGUAAGAAGUAAAAAUUAUAAUGAGAUGACACCUUUGAAAAAAUAUGAAAAAGAUGGAGACAAACCAAUAAAUUAGUUGAAAUGGGAAUUAAAUUUGAAUAAUUAUUCAAAUAAGCCUAAAUAAACUUUUACAGAUAAAGAAAACGAAUGA